AGCUGACCUCUUUCUUCAACUGAGUCACCACUCUCAACGCACUCGUUACUCGUUAGCUCUUCUUCUUCUUCUUCUCAACAAUUUAUAGUAAGUCAAACUCGUUAAAGUUUCUUCUUUCCUUUUCAUUUGACUAACCGAAUUCAGAUAUUUUCUCCGAUUAGUUUUCGGUUUCCGCUACUUUCUUAUUUUCUUCCUUUAAAUUUGGAGCUAACGUACUAUCUAUCUGUUUCUCAUUUGAGUUUUCGAGAGAUUUUCUUCUCCAAAGCUUCGAUUUUUAGCUGAGCUAGCUUCGCCGGAAAAAAUGGCGACGAUCACAGCUUCAAGUUUUGUGUCAAGAACUUCUUCUAGUGUCGCCGGCCAUGGAAGUUCGGGAUCGGAGACUAAGGCGAAUUUGGCUCAGAAGAAUUACCAAACAAUGACUCACAAUGGAUUAAGAUCUCUGAACAAUCUGGGUAUGUUAAAGUUUCGAUCUUUACAAACUCCGGCGACCGGUAAAGCUAUGAAAAAAGUUGAGAAGACUGAGAAAAACGACAAGUCGUUUGGGAAAAUUGUUUGUGGGAAAGGAAUGUCGUUGGUGUUUGUUUCGGCUGAGGUUGGUCCAUGGUCUAAAACUGGUGGACUUGGUGAUGUUCUUGGUGGUCUUCCUCCGGCCAUGGCUGCAAAUGGGCAUAGAGUUAUGACGAUUUCACCACGAUAUGAUCAGUACAAGGAUGCAUGGGACACUUCUGUUCUUGCUGAUAUUAAAGUUGGUGACAGAGUUGAAACAGUUGGAUUCUUUCAUUGUCAUAAACGAGGAGUUGAUAGAGUGUUUGUGGAUCAUCCCUGGUUUCUUGAGAAGGUAUGGGGUAAAACUGGAUCUAAAAUCUAUGGCCCUAUCACUGGAAAAGAUUACAAGGAUAACCAAUUACGCUUCAGUUUGUUGUGCCUUGCAGCUUUAGAGGCUCCAAGGAUUCUAAAUCUGGACAAUAAUGAAUAUUAUUCUGGACCUUAUGGAGAGGAUGUUGUGUUCAUUGCUAAUGAUUGGCACACUGCUCUUCUUCCAUGUUACCUUAAAUCUGUAUACCAACCUAAGGGAAUUUACAAAAAUGCCAAGGUUACAUUCUGCAUCCAUAAUAUAGCCUACCAAGGAAGAUUUGGCUUUACAGAUUUCUCACUUCUCAAUUUACCUGAUCACUUCAAGAGUUCUUUCGACUUCAUUGACGGGUACGAGAAGCCUGUUAAGGGAAGAAAGAUAAACUGGAUGAAAGGUGGAAUACUUGAAUCAGACAGAGUUGUAACUGUGAGUCCUUACUAUGCAAAAGAACUCAUUUCAGGAGAAGACAGAGGUUGUGAAUUAGAUAACAUAAUUCGAAACACUGGUAUUACUGGUAUUGUAAAUGGUAUGGAUGAUCAAGAAUGGAAUCCCUCCACUGAUAAAUACCUCGCAAUCAAAUACGAUGUCAAUACUGUGUUUGAUGCAAAGCCUGUAUUAAAAGAAACUCUACAAGCAGAAGUUGGGUUACCUGUGGACACCAAAAUACCAGUGAUAUGUUUUGUUGGUAGAUUAGAAGAACAAAAAGGUCCAGAUAUUCUUGUGGAAGCCAUUGAUCAAAUCAUUGAUGAAGAUGUUCAAAUAAUCAUUCUUGGAACUGGGAAAAAGUAUUUGGAGAAAAUGAUUGUUGAAGUAGAGAAGAAAUAUCCUAAGAAAGUUAGAGCCAUAACAAAAUUCAAUGUCCCAUUGGCUCAUGUAAUGAUUGCAGGUUCUGAUUUUAUUGCCAUUCCAAGUAGAUUUGAGCCUUGUGGUCUUAUUCAACUUCAAGCUAUGAGAAAUGGAACAAUUCCUUGUGUUGCCUCAACUGGUGGACUUGUUGACACUGUCAAGGAAGGCUUUACUGGUUUCCAAAUGGGAUCUUUCAAUGUUGAAUGUGAGAAAAUUGAUCCAAUUGAUGUGAGUGCUGUGGCUAAAACAAUCAAGAGAGCUCUAACAACAUAUGGUACUCCUCUUAUGAAAGAGAUGAUCCAAAAUUGCAUGGCACAAGAUCUUUCAUGGAAGGGACCUGCAAAGCAAUGGGAAAAGUUGUUGCUGAGUUUGGAAGUUGCUGGAAGUGAAGCUGGAAUUGAUGGUGAAGAAAUUGCUCCUAUGGCCAAGGAGAAUCUUCCUACACCCUAAUCAACCUAAACCAUAUCAUAUUAUAAGUUAAUUAUUAAGUGUUUUGUUUUGCAACUAUAGUUUAGUACUAGUAAUAGUAUUUAUAUUAGCUAAGUACUAUGAUUAUUUUGAAGACUAAUUAUUACAUUAUCAACUCUCAAGAGGGUUUUGUUUAAUUUUGUUUUUCUUUUCACUUCUUUCUGCCCUGUUUUUUUAUGAGAUCAGUAUUAUGUGAUGUAAGUAAAUAAUAAAAAUUCUUCUAAAUAAAAUUUGUCUUUCCAAA